GCUGCCCUGGCUGCUGUUCCGGACUGCGCGCAGGGCUGUCCUCGGGUCCGUGGAGACUGAGCUCUGCGGUGAGCUUGACCCCUGGAAAAAGGGAGAACUCCUAAUUUUGGAUGUCAGGGAAGGAUGGCAUUAACGAGGAUUUGAAGUCAAUAAAGGAAAGCUGCCACAAUUUUUGUACUGCUACUUCUAAGGCUGUCACUUAUAAGGAACUCAAAAACCUGUUGAAUUCCAAAAACAUUAUGCUAAUUGAUGUCAGAGAGACAUGGGAAAUACUUGAAUAUGGAAAAAUCCCAGGAUCUGUCAAUAUACCAUUGAAUGAGGUAAGUGAAGCUCUCCAGAUGAACCCAAGAGACUUCAAAGAGAAGUACCAUGAAGUAAAGCCAUCCAAAUCCGACAGUCUAGUGUUUUCUUGUUUAGCCGGAAGGAGAAGCAAAAAGGCUCUGGACACAGCAAUAUCUCUGGGCUUUCACAGGGCUCAACACUAUGCUGGAGGAUGGAAGGAAUGGGAAACCUAUGAAUUUUCAGAAAACAAAAAAGGAAAUUGAGUUUUGGAAUACAAAUUGGCUGUUUCCUUGUGUACCCGCAACCUGGAGUACUUCAAUGAGCAAAAGAAAAAUGUAUUUCUGGAAGCAGUUGGUUAAUUCUAAGGGGGAUUAUAUAUAUCAACAACUUGUGCAGUCUUUUUCUCAUCUGUAAAUUGAGAAUACCACUCCCCCCAUCCACUUUCAAGGGCUACUGAGGAUUAAGAAUAAUGUAUAUGACUUGCCAUGGAAAUAUGAGUUUGGAUUCUAGAAGUUAAUUUUUACUAAUUCAGGAUAGUUCAAUAUUAUUCUAAAAGACCAAGUUACCUGUAUUAGACAUUACGUACCUGUACUGCAUGUGACUAUUAAUGUUAGUAUACCUUUUUUUCAUCAGAGAAGCUUUAAACUAAAAUACUAGAUUAAGAGGCAGAUUUGACCUUAACAACAACAAAAAAAAAGAAUCUGGGGUCAAUUUGGGUAUGGUGGUACAUGGUCUAUAAUCCCAGCUACUGGGGGUGCUGAGGCAGGUAGAUCCCAAAUUCAAGGCCAGCAUAGGCUGUUUAGCUAGACCUUACUUUAAAAUAAAAUUAAAAAAAAAAAAAAAAAAAAGGCUGCAGACAUAGCUCAGUGGUAGGGUAACUUAUCUGGAAUGUGAGAGGCCUUCGAUUUGGUCCCUAGAACCACAUAAAAGGCGGGGAGAAAAAACAAAUCUAGAUAAGCAGGUAAAAUAUGAAUAAUGAAAAUGUCAGUAACACCCAGCAACUCAUAGUAGUGUUAUAAUUUGCCAUUUAAAAAUUAAUGAUUAAUAUGGGGAUAAAAAUCAAAACAGUGAUUACUUCUGUGGAGGGUAGAUUUAACUGGAAAAGGCAAGGAAUGAACUUCCAAGGGUGAUAGAAAUGUUCUGUAUCUCGACUGAGGUACUGUAUACAUAGGUAUAAGUAUACGUGUUUGACAAAACUCAUUGAAGCAAGGACAAAAAUGUGUUUUUCUAUUAGUAAUUAUACUUAAAAAAUAAUGAAAAUAUAUAAAAAUGUCUAAAUACAAGUGAUUCCCAACACCAUGGGUGUAUAUCUUUGGAAUAUUAAGUCCUAUACUUGUUAGGUGCUAGUGCACUGAUGGCAAAUAAACCUGCUUUCUUAUUUAUGCCGCUUCUGACCCUCUCAUCCAUGUAGUCAUUCAGAGCAUGUAAGGCUUUAGGACUAACUAUAAGGAUUUGAUCUGUCCUAAAUGAGACAGAAAGAUUUGCAGAAUCUGGAGAUGUGAUACCUUGAACUUUGACAAUGUCAGUCUAGUUUCUUACAGACUAAACUCCCUACAAGAAUCAGGAAAGUUGGAAAAGGCACAUAUGCAUGUGCACGCGCACACACACACACAUACACAAAUAUAUAUGGUCAGUUUAAAGGCGUUAAUUUUGGAGGCAACAAGGAUUUGAAGUUAUGAUCUCAGGGAUAAGGAAAGUUAUUGAGAAUGAACCAACACUGAAGUACUGGACCUAACAAGGAACAGGAACCUGUUCUAACCUUUUAGUUAGAACUACCAACUAUAGGUGAGCCAGAAAUUGACCAGCCGUCACAAAAGCUUAAGAUAAACUUUGAAUCCAUUAAAUCCUGAAUGAAUUAAGGUGAUCUUCCUGAUACCCUAAGGACCUAUCAGAAGUAGAACUUGUCUGGAGAGAAAUAUUUUCUAGUGAGAGUAGGGGUUGGCAAUAGUUUAGAAUAUUGUAGGCUCAUGGUCAUUAGGUUUGUACAGCAACUACUCAACUCUGCUAUUGUAUCACAACAAAAGCAGCCACAGAUAACACAUGAAUAUUUUAAGUGUAAUUAUAUUCUAUUAAAAACUUUGUAUGGGCCCUUAGGUUUGAAUUUUAUGUAAGUUUCAUGUGUUGCUAAAUAUUAUUAUUCUUUAGAUAAUUUUUCAACCAUUUAAAAAUAAUACAUUUUUAGCUCAAGGCCAGACAAAAACAAGUGGGCAGGCCAGAUUUGGCCUAUGGGUGAGGUUUGUAGUUGACUGAGUUAGAGUGACAAAUUAUCCCUAUAAUUUUUCAUAAACAAUGUUCAGAAUUCUAUCAAAACUUAACUGGUGCCUACAAUUAAGUAGGAGCUCAUGAUUUAAGGAAAAAAAAAUAAAGAUAAUACUUUUCACAGAAGAUCUAUCACAUAUUAGAAUUUUCAGACAGACUUUAAAAAUACGAUUAAGAUACUUAAUAGCUUAGAUAAAAGGAAAAAUUUAUCAGAGAAUGGAGACAAGAAAGUAUCAAGUUAAAAUUCUAGAACUUAAAAAUACAAUAACUGAAAUUAAACACCUAACAGAUGGUAAAUGGUUUUAGCAGAUCAGACACAGCUUAUGACAAGAUUAGUUAAAAUGAAAAAAAAAUAGAGGUAUAGGUAUUAAUAUGGAUGACUCUCACAAUGUUGAGGAAAAAAAAAUAAACACUGUGCAACAUAAUUUUAAAACAUACAAAAUAAUAUUACUUAGUAUAUAGGCAUAUAUAAUGUGAGUAAAUUAUGAAAAUACCAAAAUUUAGGAUAUUUUCAUUGAAGGCAGAGGAAGGGGCACAUAAGCACUAACAAUAUUGUUAACACUUUAAUCCCAGCUACUUUGGAGGUGAGGCAGGAGGAUCUCAAGUUCAAGGCCAACUUACCAAGACCCUGCCUUAAAAUACAAUUUUUUAAAAGUGCUGAAGAUGUAGCUCAGUGAUAAAGCAUUUGCUAUCAUGCACGAGGUCCUGGAAUUCAACCCAAAAUACCACAAGAAAAAUUGAUAAAUGAGUAAAACCAUAAUUGAGGUCUGUGGUAUCAAAGGCCUCAAAUGUAAAAAUAUAACAUGAUUUAAUAUACCACUCAACAAGUAACUGUUUUAUUUCAACCACGGGAGUAUAUCACUCUUACUUUGAUAAUACAAGGAUAGAUUGAAAGUUUUAGAGAAAAGCUAGAUUAUAUAUUUAAGUGCCAUAUGUACCCUACAGCACUCUUAGAAUGGAAGAGAAGGGAGAAAUCCUAGAAAAAGUGGCAAAAAUUGACAGAAUUCUGAGUCAGUGAUUCAGGUUUCUUUUAUUCACACUGCCUUUCUUACCUGUUUAUGAUCUCAGCAGGGUCUCUUAGAUUCUGUGGUAAUGUAUCUUUUUGCUAUUUAGAAUGUAUAUGACAUGAGAAUACUGCAUGGAGGUAUGAUCAGCAGCUACUUUGUGAAGAAUUUUACAUUAUCAAAGACAAAUGAAAAACUUGAAUGUUAUUCUCACCAUUUGGUAAAAAAUACUGUUCAAUAUCUAUAAGGACUGCAAAAUAGUGUCAUCACCACUUUUCAGUGCUAUGGGUUUCUCCAGGAGCAACAUAAGGAAGGAAAAAGGAGGAAUGUUUAAAGGCAUUAUAAUAAUAGAGUCUGAUUCAAAUGUAUCAGAUAAUAGGUGCUGAAUAUUUAAAACUCUUUUUAUAAUCAUCAUUAUUAUUUCUGUGAGAAUCUGUACCAUAUGGUAUCUGGUUAUAGGUAGCUGAUAUUUUGGGUUGCUGUUGGCGUUCACUUAGCAUUUAUGGGUAGAGAACAUAGGUCAAACUUUCAGCUGAAUAUCUGGGUACAGGAAUGGCAGUGUAACCCCUUAGAGAAAACAGGAAAGUAAACUAAAAUUCUGAAUAUUGAACAAUGAGAUAACUAGCUCCUUGCUAGUUAUCUUGUCUCCAAAAUCUCAGACAAUUCAGCUUCCUCCACCUGAGAUAGAAAGCUAGAAGAUUCCUACCUGGAAAAACUGAUCCGUCAAAGAAAAACCAGAAAAUGAUGGUGGGGUGAGAAGAUGGCCCAUGAAAAUGUUUUGUUGAUCCUUUACGUUACAAUGAAGCCCACCACUGAAAAGUCCUACCUGUGUACAGAGACCUUCCAAUCAUCUUCCUCUGUUCCCCUCUAAUAUAAAGGAUUCUCAGACAAAUAAGGCAUUCUAACAUGAAAGAUUAUGAACAAAUCAUAUAGAAAAAAGGAACUUCAGGGAAAUGGUGUUAAUACAGGGAUCAAAGAAAAUUUCAAAAGAACCAAAAACCCUAAAUAUCCUUAUAAUAACAAAAACACAUUGAACUCUCAAACAAGAACAAGGUGCUACAUAAAAGACUUAGAUAUCUAACCAUACAAGAGAAAAAAAAAAGGGAAGUCCCAAUAGAUCAGUUCUAUGAUUAUAAUGGUGCUACUUUCGCCUACAAUGUAAUCAGUCCAGACUGGAGAAUGAAGGGCUCAGGAAAAAUAUUUCCACAUGAGUGAUUUUGGGGAAUAAAAGAAUAGUAACAAAUGGUUCUGGGAUAAAUUAACAGAAAGAUAAAGUAAAGCAAACAUAUUAUAACCGAGUUAAUCAGUCACUAGUUCUAGAAAGACAAAAUAUUUUAAAAGAAAUUUAAUCAGAGUAAUAUAAAUGACAUUAUCUAAGUAUGCCUAAUAUAUAUUAAAUACGAAUUUACCAAAAAUUGUAUAAUUACAUGAUAGGAGAAGUCCCAGUACAGGAACAGGUUGGAAAAGGGGAAGAACAAAGGGAGAUGGAUGAGAAAGCAAAAUCUUCAUCUUCUGUAGCAGGAAGUUAAUAGAUAAUAUUUACAAUUGAAAAAAAACUGAAUUAAAAAAAAAAAGAGAAGGCUAAGCAGAGGAGGCCAUAAAGUAUCUGAAGCUCAGAUACCCAGGUUUUAAAAACAAGAACCUAAGCUCCGGCAUUUACAUCUUUAACCCUCCUGUUUCUGAAUCUCCUCAUUUCUAAAGUAAAACUGCUCUGAGAAUUGACUUAAUAAACAGAGGGAAUACAAUAUACUUGGCACACAGUAACUACAACAAUGCAAUAUCAAAUGCCUGUCACUUAGAAAUAUGAAAAUAAAUAGCAGAGAAGUUAAAGUGUGGAGAGUAGGAAUGAAAUGUGGGUGAAAUGGGACAGGAAAUUAACAUUUUCCUUAUAUGGUAAAGAAACUGUCCAAUGCAACUGUCCAAAUCAUUAUGUGAUUUUAUGAAUAUGUAAUUUAAAAUUUUUUAUAUUAAAAAAUUAAAGAAACAUUGAAAUUAA